AUGAAUAUAAAAAAUAAGAUAUUUUUAAUUCUUUCUUUUUUAGCUUUGAAUUUAUUAUAUGUAAAUUGUUAUGAUAUGGUUUAUGAUAAAUGUGAAUGGACAACAUGCCCCAAACUAAACUGUAAUCAAAAUGAAAUAGUUGAAGUUCCAAAAGGUGAAUGUUGUGGUAAAUGUAAAAGCAUUUGUUUAGAAUUGUGUAAAGAAACAAAGUGUCCCGUUGGUUAUAAUAAAGCAAAAGUAUUGGGUUCAUGUUGUGAGAUUUGUAUAGAACAUAGAGAAGUAAACUAUGAUAAUAUUGAAAAAAAAACUAACAAUAAUAAUAAUAAUAUUAACAAUAAUAAUAACAAGUUAAAUAAUAAUAAUAAUAAUAUUAACAAAAAUAAUGGUAGUAGCAGUAGUAUUAUAAAAAAUAAUGGUAGUAGCAGUAGUAUUUUAAAAAAUAAUGGUACCAGUAGUAAUAUAAAAAAUAAUGGUAGUAGUAUUAAUGAAAAAAACAAUGGUAGUAGUAUUAAUGAAAAAAACAAUGGUAGCAGCAGUAAUAUUAUAAAAAAUAAUGAUUUAAAAUAUAAAAUUAACAAUACUGAUGAAAAUGAAAAAUAUAAAGAAAGAGAAACAAAAAAAAAUUAA